AUGGACGGCCAAUCCAUUGUUGAGUGCUUGGCUAACUCCUUGAUGAUGAUUGGUCGUAACAAUGGCGAGAAACUGAUGUUGUUAUUAACAUUGAACCUAGAGAAGAUGCAACUCGAAUUGGUUUCGGUUGGUGUGGUGAGAUGUCAAGCUGUGGAUAUCUCUCCAUUGAGGAGAGUGAACCAGGCAGUAUAUCUUCUAACUACUGGUGCUCGUGAGAGUGCUUUUAGGAAUAUUAAAACAAUUGCUAAACAUCUUGCUGAUGAACUUAUCAAUGCAGCAAAGGGCUUUUCCAACAAUUAUGCAAUCAAGAAGAAGGACGAGAUUGAACAAGUUGCCAAGGCAAAUCAUUGA